AUGCCAUUCGGGGAAUAAAACUGGUGGGUGAUAAUUAAGGUAGCAAACUUCCUGGAGCUGCUGCCUGCAACAAAUAGGGGGUGGGUGAAACAAAAGUAUAUAAUGUAAGAAGUCUCAGAGUCGUCAUUUUAAAGUUAUGUCCGCGAGUCAAGUCGAUUCUCUUGAGUUUUAAAUGUUGAGGAAAUCAAUCACCCAAUGUCUGGAGCCACUAGUACCGGUGGGGUGCACCUCAGUCUACCGCGGCGACGGGAUGGCAUACCAGGCCAGAAAGCGGCCUAGUGUCAUGUAUAGCUAGCUAACUUGCUGAAUGACUUUAGUCAACAAACGUCGUUGGCGUACAUGAUAUGGCAAUUGAAAAUGUAUGUAUUCAAAUUGUUCGCUAACUAGUUAGCCAAUCGUCGACUUUUUAGGUAACGUUAGUAAACUGCCUUAGCUAGUUAACUAGCUACAGUAGCUUGCUCAGUUAGCUACCAGCUGGCUGUGUAUGAUUGUACUGAGCUGGCUAUCUAGCCAGCUAACACAGUGUAUGAGCUCCAGUUUUUAAAGUUGAUUUAUUUCCGCGUUAGGUCCGCCAGUGUCUUGGCAAGUUAUGUCAUGCAAUAUUAGUUUUUUUUGCUGUUUCUUCGAAUGCGCGUGUUAUGCAUGUUUUAGCUAUUUAUUUAUUUGAUUUCAGAACAUCUUGGUGUUAAUGAGUAACGUUAGUUAGCUAGUUAGCAAUGUCUUCCGCCGAUAUGCUCGAAACUCCACCUGGAUAUCCCUUUGAAGAAAUAGAUUAUGUGGAUAUUGAAGUUGAGGAGGUUGUGGGGAGAGGCGCUUUUGGUGUUGUCUGCAAGGCCAAAUGGAAAGGCAAAGACGUCGCAAUCAAGACAAUCGAGAGUGAAUCUGAAAGGAAAGCAUUCAUAGUUGAGCUGCGGCAACUUUCACGUGUGAAUCACCCCAACAUUGUGAAGCUGUAUGGCUCAUGCAAUAAUCCAGUCUGCCUGGUGAUGGAAUAUGCUGAAGGGGGGUCCCUGUACAAUGUUCUGCAUGGUGCUGAACCUCUCCCAUGUUACACUGCCUCCCAUGCCAUGAGCUGGUGUUUUCAGUGUUCCCAAGGGGUCGCCUAUCUCCAUGGCAUGAAACCAAAGGCUCUCAUUCACAGGGACCUCAAACCGCCCAACCUGCUCCUUGUUGCCGGUGGCACCGUGCUGAAGAUAUGUGACUUUGGGACUGCGUGCGACAUUCAGACCCACAUGACCAACAACAAGGGAAGUGCAGCUUGGAUGGCACCUGAGGUGUUUGAAGGCAGCAAUUACAGUGAGAAGUGUGAUGUGUUCAGCUGGGGAAUCAUUCUCUGGGAGGUGAUCACGCGUCGGAAGCCCUUUGACGAGAUCGGUGGGCCAGCCUUCCGCAUCAUGUGGGCGGUGCACAACGGCACCCGGCCACCGCUCAUCAAGAGCCUUCCCAAGCCCAUCGAGAGCCUGAUGACCCGCUGCUGGUCCAAAGACCCCUCCCAGAGGCCCUCCAUGGAGGAGAUAGUCAAGAUCAUGACCCAUCUUAUGAGGUGCUUCCCAGGAUCUGAUGAACCCUUGCAAUACCCUUACCAGUAUUCAGAUGAAGGACAGAGUAACUCUGCCUCCAGCACAGGUUCCUAUGUGGAUUGCACUAGCAGCAAGAGUGACACAAACAUGGAGCAUGUGGACUCUCAGGGGAGCAACGACACAAUCAAGAUCAAACCUCAGUUUGCACAUCAGUUCAGGCCAAAGGGAGACCCAUUGCGGAGCCUGCCUCUGUCCAGAGGGGGCAGUGUUGAGAGCCUGUCGGGGCGAACCCACAGCCUGGUGGCCUCCGAGAGCAAAAGAAUGAGCGCAGACCUGUCAGAGCUGGAGCACAGGGUGCCUUUCGCUCCUGCAGCACGUCCCCAGUAUAAACGAGGCCACCGUAAAACGGCGUCAUUUGGCACCAUUCUGGACGUUCCCAAGAUCGUCUUCACAGCCUCCUGUGAGGCGCAGAGGCGUAGAUCUGUACAGGACCUCCCGGGGAUCGGCACAGAGUCCAGCCAGGGGAGUAGGAACAGCAGCAGGUCCUCCAGUCCCAGUGUGAGGAUGGUGCCGCCUGAUAAGACCAGCAGCCGAGGGUACAGCUUCUCUCCCGAUGACCCCACAGAUACCAACGGCUCAGACAACUCCAUUCCCAUGGCAUAUCUCACUCUGGACCACCAGCUGCAGCCCCUCGCUCCUUGCCCAAACUCCAAAGAGUCCAUGGCCGUGUUUGAGCAGCACUGUAAAAUGGCCCAGGACUACCUGAAAGUGCAGACAGAAAUCGCCUUACUGAUCCAGAGAAGGAAAGAGUUGAUCGCUGAACUGGACCGAGACGAGAAGGACCAGCAGAACACGUCCCGCCUGGUCCAGGAGCACAAGAAGCUACUGGAGGAGAACAAGUCUCUGUCCACCUACUACCAGAAGUGCAAAAAGCAGCUGGAACUGAUCCGUGCUCAGCAACAGAAGAGACAGGGCACCUCGUGAUGGGCCACAAGCUGGCCACCACCUGGCUCGUGCUGCAGAGACACACAAACAAACUGUCCCCAUGUCAUAUCCCCUGUUCUCCUCCCCUGCCUCUGCUCUUUCCUGGGUCACCUGUAGUCUAGUCUGAAACCCAGACCCUACCUGCAAAAUAAUUGACACUAUCUCUCUCCUCCUUCUCCUCCCUCUGCCCCAUGACAACUAUGAUCUCAAUCUAGGUACCCACGCCUUCACCCUGUAGGUUCCAGUGAGUGGAUCUCGUUUUACCUUGUACUGUAAAGAGACCUGUGUUUUACUGUGUACCUGCAUGUUGCGUUAUUGACACACCCUGCUGAUAACAUGGAACGGAAUAUUAGAUGUGCACUCAAUCAAGCUGUUAUGGAAUGUCUCUUGCACAUCUUUACAGUACAUUCUUUGAUAGCAGGCCAAAACAAUCAGCAUGCAUCUGCUCUCUCUGCCCAUAAAGAGCUGGAGUCCUAAAUUACCUGCUCUGGGUUUAGUGAACACACGGGACCGAGCGAUGGGCUUCUAGGCCUCGAUUGUCAGCCAUCCUUUUAGUCUGGAUGCGAUGCUUCUUGAGGUGUGUGAGCGUAGUACAGUAACUGCUGCUGCUUCUUGGAGUAUGUGAGUACAGUAACUGCUGAGCCUGAUUGGAGAGGGAGGCCGGUGAGGGGUGUGAAAUAUGUUUGUCUCUAUUGCUCUCAGGGCCACUCGGACCCUCCCCUAGGCUGCAUGGUCAGUGUGUGUCCACCCCUCCUCCCACAGUCCAGUCCUCCCAUUGGUUAGUUUUACCCUGACCUGUCCUCCUAACUGGCCAAUGGCCAUGUGUCCUUGAGAAUGUGAAAAACAAAGACGGUCUAGACAAAAAGUGUGAAUUAUGUGCAGAAGUUGGUGUUUUAAUGAAUUAUGACCAGAAUCUAUUUGACUAAUCUUUGAUCUCUAAAUGUUGUUUUGUUACCCUUUAAUGCAAAAAUAGCCACCUUUAAAAAAAAAAAAAAAAUUGGUGAGCACAAUCCCUUGCAAAAGAAAUCCACCACAACCUAUCUGAAUGUAUGUUCUAUUUAUUUUACCGGGGGAUGUAUUUUAGAUAUGCCUUGCACAUCCAUGAUGUCUUUGAUAAAAAAAGAAAGGACUUGGCUUGUCACAAGUACCUGGAUCGAAACAUGGGUCGGCCCUCAAACAGAGAUUAAAUAUAGUCUUCUUUCAACAACCACAAAAAGAAACACAAAAGACAGACUUAUUUUCUCAACCUGUUUAAUUGAAAUAAACUAUGUAUGAGGUUCAAAGGGCAACAUGUUUAUCAUGACUUAAUUUUGUUUCCUUUUUGUUUGUUUUUUCCUAUCCAUUUUGGUGUUAGAGAUUAUACUUUUAUCUGGUAUGGGAAUGCAGAGAUGUACAAGAGGCCUAUCCCUUGCCUAUAUGUUUUUAGUUCACAUGUUGCCUUAGAAUUUGAUUGCUAGAUUUUAAAGUAUUUUACUUGUUUUCCGUUCCUUUAUUGCGGGGUUCACUUGCGCCUCAUUUGAAUGUAAUGGACAGUCAGUCAGUGAGAAUGGUAUGACUUUUGUUUUGAGGGAGAAUUGUAUAUUAUGCCAGUGGUUUACCAGGAGGCUGAUUGUCUGGUCAAAUGAAUGAUGUCAAUAGGCUGCAAAAGAAAUCAUUAUAUCUCACUGCUUUUCCCAAUUUAAUAGAAUGAAUCCCAGUAGCUUUAAGUAUCCGUGCAAGAAGAAAGUUGAUUUAGAAAUCUAAACUUACAAUGAUAAUUGAUCUUACUUUGAAAUGUUGUCUUGCCGUUUUCAUUUGACCAGACCUGCUGUUGCUGCUAUACAGUCCUUCAAAUGUUUUGCACAAUCCUCUGGUUUUACUGAUUUACAUGUAACUAACCGUUUGGGUCUUGUACUUCAAAGUAUAUAUUAUGAUGGUUUACAAGGGAAGUGACAAGUGAAAUUGUGUAAGGGUUCAUUUGCUGCAGUUAUAUCCCUAGUUUUUCCCUUUUCUUAAAGUUAUAUUCACUAUCAUUUUAUUAACCAUUACUGUAUAUAAAAUGUUUAAGAACUAUUGGGAACAGGUACAGUGCCUUCGGAAAGUAUUCAGACCCCUUGACAUUUUCACAUUUUGUUUUGUCUUAUUCUAAAAUUAAUUAAAUAUCUACACACAAAGCAAAACACAUGAUUUUAGACAUUUUUGCAAAUGUAUUAAAAAAUAAACUGAAAUCACAUUUUA